AUAUUAUUUUAUACAUUUAACCUUCCUUCAUAAAGGAUUCUCCCUUGUCUAGGGUUUUCAACAUUAGCUUCUUUCACUUCACUCAAUUUUUUUCUGCCGCAUUUUUCACAUAAAGCUUUCGACUUUCCAAUACCCAUUUUCAUGGAUUUCAAAUUUUAGAUUUUUUUUUUUUUUUUAAAUUUCAAGAAUCAAAAAAGGUUGAAUCUUGUUGUAUUUUUGUAAUUUGAGAUUUCAAGAAUGGCGACAGUGAAUCCAUUUGACCUUCUUGAUGGUGAUGCUGAGGACCCAAGUUUGUUUAUUGCUGUACAGCAGAAGAAACAGGCUGCUGCUGUUGCUCCUGCUGCUAAGAAAAGUGGUCCAGUUAAGGGUCAAGCUCAACCUGCUAAGGCUGUUGCUAAGUUGCCUACUAAGCCGCUUCCUCCUUCUGAAGCUGUGAAGGAGUCCAGGUAUGAAGGCCAACGAGGAGGCGGCCGUGGGGGUCCACGUGGAGGAGGCCGUGGUCGCGGACGGGGACGUGGAUUUAACCAGGAUUUUGCUGACGGUGACAAUACUUUUAGCAGCAACAAUGGUUUUUCUGGAGGGUAUAGAGCUCCAGAAGAUGGGGAGUCUGGAAGGCCGUUUGAGAGGAGAGGUGGUGGAUAUGGUGGCCCUCGUGGAGGGUUCCGUGGGGGACGCCGAGGCGGCUUUAGUAAUGAUGAAGGCGCAGAUGGUGAUCGCCCUCGCAGAGUAUUUGAACGACGAAGUGGAACGGGAUAUGGGAAUGACUUCAAACGGGAGGGAGCUGGUCGAGGGAACUGGGGAACGCCCACAGAUGAGAUUGCACCGGAGACAGAGGAGCCUGUUAAUGAAGGAGAGAAGAUAGUUGAUUCUGAGAAACAAGCUGGACAGGAAGAUGCUGGAGAUGCCAAUAAGGAUACUCCUGCUGCUGAGACUGAAGAGAAGGAGCCGGAGGAGAAAGAAAUGACCCUCGAGGAGUAUGAGAAAGUAAGAGAGGAGAAGAGGAAGGCUUUGCUGGCUCUGAAGCCUGAAGAAAGAAAGGUUAAUUUGGACAAGGAAUUUGAAUCGAUGCAACUCCUAUCAAACAAGAAGAAUGAUGAUGAAGUUUUCGUCAAAUUGGUCUCCGAGAAGGAUAAGCGGAAAGAGGCAGUUGAAAAGGCCAAGAAGACCCAAAGCAUAACUGAGUUCCUGAAGCCUGCUGAUGGGGAAAGUUACUAUCGCGGUGGUCGUGGUAGGGGCGGCCGUGGUGGCCGUGGAAGAGGUGGCUUUGGAGGUAAUGGCGGUAGCAACUACAGUGCUCCAGCCCCUAAGAUUGAGGAUGUAGGCCAGUUCCCAUCCUUGGGUGGCAAGUAAGGCUGCUGCAGGACCUGCCAUCUGAGCUCUUUCAACAUUUUUGUGCUCGACGAUGGCCUGUCAUCACUAUCUCCAAACUCUUUUGGGGGAUUUCAUGUAUUAGAUCAUCUGAACUUUAUUGUUCUUGUUUUAAGAGUGUAAAUUUAGAUGUCUUAUGGGGGUUUUACACCCUUUUGUCUUUCUUGACUUUCGACAUGCAUGAAUACCCUUUCCCUUCAUAAUUAGGCUUUUUAGAUCCAUUUUUGAUUUAGUUGUGGGAUCAGUUUUGUUUUUUAUUGAAAACAAUUUUGUUCCUUUGA